AUGGUGGGGGUUUGGGCUAUGACGUGUAGCGUCAUCAUGGAUAUUCUUCGUAGAGUUUUGACAGUGCAGUUUUCACGGCUUUAUGAGCUUCUCGACGAGGAGGGCAUGCCCCUGCUGCUGUCAUGGCAACCCCUGCGUUUCCAGCUUACUCUCACCUUUUCCAAUGAGAAUGGCGAACGUGACCGUGACGGGGCCGCGCUGAUGGCGGCACUGGGGGAAAGCGACUUCUGCCAGCUGUGGUGGAAGUUGCUUUACACGGUGCGCAUCCUUCCGGUUGUCGUGAGAGCCGAAGCGUCACCGUCGUCAAGUAAGACGCAGGGCCAGACAGUGCCUGCAACCUAUGGACUACAGCAGGGUGUGGGGUGUUGUUUCCGCUAUGGUGUCCCGCCAUUCUGGGAGGACUGGACACGCGUAGAAACUCCCCCCGCUCCGGGUGCGGUGUUGAACGUGAUGGCUGCCGCAGGAAGGAUCCUUACGGUGGUGGCCGAGCAGCGGGAUGAGGCAGUCAUGCCCCCAGCGGUUGUAGUGAAUCCAGACACGCCGGAAGGCAAGUUAGCGGGUGCCGUACCACGUCAUCUGAGGUACACGUAUACAUUUAGCUACGUUCUGCCUGAAUUAGAGGAGUUGCACGGACCUCUAACAUUGGGUUUUGUACUGCUUCUUCCCUUCCCCAGUGGUGGCGUUGAUAAGAGGGGGGCCGGCGAUGAGGAUGAUGAUAUCAUGCUUCGUGCUCUUCUUUCUGCGGAGGAACGGAAAGUGGGGUGGUAUCGACCCUCUUUUGUGGUGUUAGGGACCUGCUACUAUCAGGCGCAUGUAGGUCGGCUUCUGUCCUGCUCCUCCGUCGCACGACGCGUGUCGCAGUAUCGCGUGUUGGUGAGUGUGAAUGUGGUGAAUAUUGCGGGUAUCCCGCUGCGCGUGCAACGGGUCUCCUUUGACAUCGCCUCUACCUGGAUUGGGGAGAUUCUUGGCAGCCCCUUCAGCGUCCCAUUGUGGUCUGAGCAGCGGGCCGGACCACGCAGUGCAGACUUGAAAUAUGUGGAACUGCUGCGACGCGCCGUCACGGUAACGCCCAUUGUGGUGCAUGAGUUUCGCGUCCCGGUGGCGCUGGGACCCGAGGAGUCCGUGAACUUUCAGUUUGCCAUUCAGGUGCGGCCCCACUUGUGUUAUCUUUUGGAGCCGCACUCAAUUGGGAAUGUGUAUGGUAAGUUUUUAAAGGGGCGUGCGAAGGAGGUGGCUGAUGGGGGACCAAACACGGAUCCGGAUGUCGCUUCUCUCACUGGCCCAACGCAUCUGCCUUCUAAACGCAGCACCGCGACCUUCGCCCCUUCGAGGUCGUGGAUGCCGGGUGCCGUUGCUACUGGAGCAGCAGAUGGGGUCUCACGCGAGGAGCUGGUUCACCUGAUGUCGAUGCAGUUUACAUCCCAUGUGUAUGUGCACUAUGAGGCAGUGUCGCCCACAGGCAGUGUUUACGCUGCGGAGGCAAAGAGCAGCAUAGAUGGGGAGGAGGGCAUCUACCCCAGUCUGCAGCUGCGCCAUCCGGUGCACUGGUCCAUGUGUCUGCCGUAA